AUGGAACGAGAACAAGACACCGGAAUCUCCAUUCUUGUUGUCGGCGGUGGCAUUGCGGGUUUAACCUUUGCUAUUGAGGCUCAUCGAAAGGGCCACAAUGUCCGGGUUAUCGAACAGCGACUCCGCGGGGAGAGACAGAUUCGACGGGACGCUGAUCGGAUCUUUCCCCAUUGUGACCCGAACGACCCAUCUCUGGCCAUCUACCGAUCAAAGCUGCAUAACGUGCUCUACGAGCACGCCUCUCAGCUUGGCAUCCCAGUCGAGUUCUCCGCGACUGCUUCAGAGUUCUUCGAAGCAGACGACCAUGCUGGUGUGGUCCUGUCUGACGGCCGCAGUCUCACGGCGGAUGUAGUGGUGGCUGCCGACGGGGUUGGCUCCAAAUAA